AUGGCAAAGAAGAGCUCGUUUGAGAAAGCGGUGAAGGACCUGACAGCUCUAGUAGCCUCGCAGUACCCCUCCUCCAGUCCGGACGAGCAGCAGAAGAUGAUAUCAGCCGUCCAUCGUGCAGCUACCCUGCUCAAGACCCGCUACACGACACGUGGUUUCUGGGCGGCGGGUCUCGUCCUUUUCCGCGCGGCCAGCGCCGUGCUGGGGGAGGGAGCGGAGCGCAACCGCGUCCAGCAGCACAUCAAGUCCGCGCAGGAGUUCCUGGGGGAAGAGGGGGAAGGCGGGGAAGGCGAAGAAGCAGGUUUGGCGCGGGGAGGGAGUGAAGCGAGAAGAGUAGGUGGGGUGCGAGGGGACGGGGAAAGGGAGCAGGAAGCAGGGAGGGCACGGGAGGUGCGCGGUGGUGGAGGGGGGCUGCUCGCGGCGGCGUCUCCCUCUUUUCAGUUUGAGGGUCAGCUGACUGCAGCAGUGGAGCCGCCACGACCUGAUUGGCUGGUGGCUCAGACGCUGCUGGCAACUUUGGCAGCGGCGCAGCAGCAGAGGGACCUGGAUUCCCUUGCUGCUGACGCCAAUAAUGACAGCAAUUCCGAGCGCGAAGAUAGAGAUGCGCUAGACGGACAAGCCCCACACCAAGCCAUAGCAGCACUCAUGGAGGGUGGAACAACGUUGGAGGAUCUGCUAAGGGACGCGAUUGCAAGAGGGGGAGCUGAUGACCUGCUGACCCCCGGCCUGGCCGAGGCUCUCGAAGCCAGCAUGCAGGCGUCUCAACCGCCCUCUGCCCCGCCUGCUUCUAAGAGAGCGGUGAAGCAGCUGCCUGUGCUUGUGUAUAGCGAGGCUGGGGUGGUUCCUUUAGAAGGGGGUGGGACGCGCGAAGGGACGGCGGCGGGUAGUGGCAUCAGUGGUAGUUCUGGCAGCAGUAGCAGUGGUGACAAGGCUGAGAAGGGGGACAGUGCUGGUUUGGAGGGGGAGGGGAAGAGGGAGGAAGGGGAGGGGAGUGUGGACGAGUGCAGUGUGUGCAGAGAGAAGUGGGAAAUUGGUGACAAGCUGAGGGAAAUGCCGUGCAGCCAUCGGUUUCAUGUGGACUGCCUGCAACCAUGGCUGGAUGAGCACAACUCGUGUCCUUUGUGUCGCUACGAGAUGCCAACCGACGACCAUGCUUACGAGAGGCGCAAGGAGAGAGAGAAGGAAGAGGAGGAAGAACGAAGAGCCACACACUCGACACACUCGCCGUUUCUCGUCAACGCCAUCGCAGCAGCCAUGGUGCUGCCGUGCUGCAUCGCGAUGUGGGGAUGCGCGUGCUGCGGGUGGGCCAUCCACCGCCUCCUCCGCACCGGCGCGGACGCCAGCCGCGACUGGCCGACCGCGUCCAAGGACGAAAUGGCGGACUUUCCGCGCCUCGCGGCGCUCGUUCUCGCGUCGUACGAACCGGACUUACCUAAAUGCCUGCAGCUGUUGGAAUCUGUCUCCGACGAGCACGGAAACAUCUCCCCGCAGGCCGACGCCGCCGCUGCCCGGAAACCAUCCAAGCUAUGCGACUCCGGCGCCACGCACGCGCAAACUGCGAAGAAAAAGGACCAUAAUUCCGAGCCUGGUCCCGAGCCUAAUGCCGAGGCUCAGUCGAAAUCGGAGGCUGGGUCGGAAUCCAACGGCAAGGACGGUCCGGUGAAGGGGAAGCGGGAGUUGAUCGAAGCGCGCGUGCUGCGGAAGGUGGAGCAGCGGGAGACGGACGGGCAGUGCCCGUCAUACCUGGUGUACCUGGAUGAUGCAAAUAAAGACAUCACGGUCGCCAUGCGCGGCAUGAACCUGACGCAGCUGUCGGAUUAUGAAAUCCUCAGGAACAACCGCAAGGGCAAGCAGAUGUUUGACGGCGGUUACGUGCACUGCGGGCUAUUGGCCGCAGCAGGCGCGUUUCUUGACUUGGAGAUGGAUCAUCUCAAGCGCCUGCUGCGCCGCCACCCCUCGCACACGCUCACACUCACCGGCCACUCCAUCGGCGCGGGCGUGCUGGCGCUGGCAGCCAUGGUGCUGGCAAAUAACCUGCGCGAGCUGGGGCGUGUGAAACGAGGGCGGAUUCGCUGUGUGGGCUUCUCGCCGCCGCGCUGCGCGUCACUCAACCUGGCUGUGCGCCACGCAGACAUCAUCACCUCGGUCGUGCUGCAGGAUGAUUUUCUUCCCCGUGUGGCACACCCGCUCGCUCUAGUCUUCGGACUCGCCUGCUGUCUACCGUGUGUACUGCAGUACUCGUGCUGUCGCGACACAUGUGUGUCGGAGCAGCGGAGGCUCGCGGAUCCCAGAAGGCUCUACGCCCCCGGCCGUCUCUACCACAUGCUCUACACACAGCGCUGCAGCUGUGAGGAUCUCCCCCCAGUGGCGCUGACGGCCAUUCCAGUGGAGGGGCGCUUUGAGCACGUGGUGCUGUCACGCACCGCCAUGCGCGACCACACCCUGCCCCUCAUCGCUGCCAAGCUGCACCAGUUCCUGCAGACGGUGGACGAGCCUAAUGCCGAAGCAGAAGGCAAGGGGGAUGAGCACCAGCCUGUCGUGAUGACAGCACCAGCACAGGAGGACCCUGCUGUACUCGCAGCAGACUACAAGGAGGGAGAGGAAGGGAAGGAGGAGGAAGAGGAGGAGGAUGAGAAGCAGGUGGGACAGUCAGAUUCGGGCAGAAAUUCCAAAGGAGAUGCUCACAAUGUGCGACCAGAGAGUGGGGAGGCUGGUAAAAUUGCCGCUGGCAGCAGUAGCGGUGCUGGUGGCAGUGGUGGGAAGCCUCUGCAGGCGCAUGAAUCAUCAGCAGAAGUGCACAAGCGGUGGCAGGAUCUGAUAGAGGCACUCAUGUCUGAUGAGGCAGAGGGUGCCAGGGCUGGGGUGGCAGGUGGUGGCGAAAGAGAGGGCCCAUCUGGAGGCACUCUUCAGCUUCCGAAACUUGAAGUCAUGGCCCCCGAGCCCGUCCGUGUGCUUGUCACCGGUGCCGCCGGCCAAAUCGGAUAUGCCUUGGUGCCUAUGAUUGCUCGCGGCAUUCUGCUCGGCCCUGACCAGCCUGUCAUUCUUCACCUUCUUGAUAUCCCUCUUGCCGAGAGCUCCCUCAAUGGCGUCCGCAUGGAGCUUAUUGACGCCGCUUUCCCCCUCAUUCACGGGGUUGUCGCGACGUCGAAUGUUGAGGAGGCAUGCAAGGGUGUCCAGGUGGCCAUCAUGGUGGGAGGAUUCCCCCGCAAGGCCGGCAUGGAGCGCAAGGACGUCAUGUCCAAGAACGUCUCCAUCUACCGCGAUCAGGCCUCCGCUCUGGAGAAGUUCGCUGACAAGGACUGCAAGGUGGUGGUCGUUGCUAACCCCGCCAACACCAACGCGCUCAUCCUCAAGGAGUUCGCGCCUAAGUUCCCCGCCAAGAACAUCACGUGCCUCACCCGCCUCGACCACAACCGCGCGCUCGGCCAGAUUUCCGAACGCCUGGGCGUCCCCGUGGCGAACGUGAAGAACACGAUCAUCUGGGGUAACCACUCGUCGACCCAGUACCCCGAUGUGAACCACGCCGUCGUCGUCACUCCCGAGGGCGAGAAGCCCGUGCGCGAGCUUGUCAAGGACGACGCUUGGCUUGAUGGCGAUUUCAUUAAGACCGUUCAGCAACGCGGUGCUGCCAUCAUUGCGGCCCGCAAACUGUCCAGUGCUCUCUCCGCCGCCUCUUCUGCCUGCGACCACAUCCGGAACUGGGUGAAGGGCACACCCGAGGGUACUUGGGUGUCCAUGGGAGUCAUUUCUGACGGCUCGUACGGAGUUCCCAAGGACAUCAUCUAUUCCUUCCCUGUCACAUGCAAGGAUGGCGAGUGGACCAUUGUGCAAGGUCUAUCAAUCGAUGCCAACUCGAAGGCGAAGAUGGAGGCCACAGCAGCUGAGCUUGUUGAGGAGAAGGAGCUUGCAUACGAGUGCCUCAAGGCGUAA